AUGGGUUGUGCAUGGAGCGAUCCGGAUAAGAACCAGCAGGAUACUAGCAAAGCAAUAGAGAAGCAGAUUCGACAGGAUGCAGAAAAAGCUAUGAAGGAGGUUAAGCUCCUACUGCUUGGUGCUGGCGAAUGUGGGAAGUCUACGGUUCUGAAACAAAUGAAGAUCAUUCAUGGCCAAGGAUAUCAGGAAGAAGAACGAAAGGAAUAUGUUUGCAUAAUUUUCGCCAAUAUAGUGCAAUCGAUGAUAAAAAUAUUGAAAGCAAUGGAAUCUCUGGAGAUUGUUCCCGACUCUUUUGAUCCCGCAGUGGAGCUCAAAAAUUUGAAUGGGUUCCUCGCAAGUGUUGAAGAGGGCAAGUUCCCGGAUGACCUAGCCAAUACUAUUCGUACUUUGUGGAACUCAGAUAGUGUUCAGCGUUGUUUUGCACGUGCAAAGGAAUACCAAUUGAAUGAUUCAGCAUCUUAUUACAUGACUAAUUUGGAUAGGAUAUCAGCCCCUGGCUACACACCCACUGAGCAAGACGUCUUGCGAUCAAGAGUCAAAACUACGGGAAUCGUGGAAACGAAUUUCCGGUUCAAAGACCUAGAUUUUAAGGUCUUUGAUGUGGGCUGA